AUGGACUUUAUGGUGCCUGCCGGAGUGCGGCUCGAUUUAGCUGAUGGCGCGCUAUGUCUACCAGAAGAAAUCCGCAUUCAUCUCGCAGGACGUAGCCCCGCGUACGGAUCGAAGGUACAGUAUGUAACGGCGAAGUAUCAACACGUGGUGAUCCCGGUCGGAGAGUCAAGGGAAGUGAAGAUCGGGAUCGGAGGGGCUAAGAUGAAGUUGUGGGUCGCUAGAGGACUAGAUUGGGUCCCCACUGUGAUCUCGGGGUGGGGUAAGACGAAAUACCUGCAGAUGACCAACAUUGGCGACCGUGAGAUCAUACUGCCCACCCACACUAUAUUAGGCAUGUGGGUCGAAGGCGAUAUGGUACCGCGAACUCAAGGUUUGGUGACAUUCGGGUCAGGGAAGUACAAGGAAUGGCAAACUCUGGCAUGUGAGGCUACGACGGAUCGAGUGAACGAACUCCCGAAAGAACAGAUCGGACCAUUGGUAGACCGUCCUACGUAUGCCGCUCCCAAACGCAUCUUGAAACGUCCGUCUGAUGCGUUACAGAACCUGUCUCCGGCGAUCUCCACGGUAACGCCGCAAGCUAACGAUGACGAUUCGCAAAAGGCAGAUGCUGUAGUUGCGUGGGAAGUAACGGUCAGGGGAGCCGAACUAUCGCGGAUGGAGAACGGUCAUGAGAUCCGUACCCAACAUGCAACGAAGAGGUACCGCGACACCGGUCAAGAAGGGCUACGUGACAGAUCGUCUCUACCGAAGGCUGAGCCGACUGACCGACUGUUGAAAUUGGGCCAGCCGGAAGAGACGAAGGAGCCUAAAGAAGAAAUAAUGCUAAAUACUGAAGACUUUGAGAUUGCAGAAAUACCAGUUUAUCACCACGAGAGCGGAGAUUUGUUUGCGGAAAAUAUCGAGCAGCAAAUGGCCGUGCUACCAGAGAUGUCGGCGACUACGGAAGAAGUUACGAUUGAGGACAUUCAGAUCGGUGAUCCCGAUGUGCCUCUCACCACAGAUCAACAACGGCUCAGAUCGCUGAUCUGGAAGAGCCGUCACCUCCUCAUGGGUAAAGGCAAUGCUCUACCGCCAGCAGCACGAGGGGCGAUUUGUGAUAUCGAUGUCGGUGGAGCCGCACCAAUUGCGCAAAGAGUCCGUCCGGUCGCACCCAAAUAUCGGGAGAAGCUGUCAGAUCUCAUCAAAGGACUAUUAGCAGCCAAAUUUGUUCAGCCAUCCACGUCGCCUUGGGCGUCUUCGAUAGUGGUGAUUAUCAAGAAGAAUGAAGUGGAUGUUGGCCUUUUUAUUGAUAAUCGAAGAGUGAACCAGCUGACGUGCCUGAUGGUUUACCCCAUGCCGUUGAUCAGCGAUCUGUUGGAAGAUCUGGAUAAAGCUCUAAGGUACUGCUCGCUAGACAUGGCUAGUGGAUUUUGGGUCGUCAAAAUGACUAAACGAGCAAUACUGGUCUCAGCGUUUGUCACACCGUUUGGCUUGUUCGAGUGGCUGCGAAUGCCUUUUUGGGCUUAA